AUGGCCACUGAAGAGAAUCUAGAGGAAGUCAACUACAUUGGAGGAAACUAUGGGAAUAGAGGAUUCAAUCCACCAUUUCGCGCGCAUCCAAACCUAUCAUACCGGAGCAACAAUGUGGAGAAUCCAAAUGACCAAGUCUACCCCAAUCAAGGAGCGUAUCAAGGAGGCCAAUACCAAUCCAAGCCACAACAAGUCUAUCCAAGAGGGAUGUACCAAGUGAAGCAACCAUUCACUUUUUCUCAAGAAACAAAUCCAACCCAAACCGGAGAGAAGGUUGACGUGGCGUUGAAGAAAUACAUGGAGGAGCAGAGAUUGAUCACCAAGAACCUAUAUGAGAAGCUUGAUCACAUGUUUGGUGAUCUAAGCAGCAAGUUUGGGUCUCUCUCUACUCACGUUCAAAAGCUUGAGGUGCAAAUCGCUCAAACAGCCGAGGCGGCCAAGAAACAAAAUGAGGUAAACACUCAAAAAUUUUGUAGUGUUGUCUCAUCUAUAGAUGGCACAAUUGUUCCUACACUAUCUCAAGGGGAAGAAGAAGAAAAUGAGCCUAAGGAGAGGCACAAACCGGAGAGAUACAGUUGGGAAUCAAGAAGAGCUUACAAGAGAAGACUUGAAGGCAAGCCACUACAAAAACAAGAAGAUCCGGGGAAGUUUGUGAUAACUUCAAGUAUCAAUGGCAUUCAACUCCAUGAUUGCCUAUGUGAUACUGGUGCUAAUGUUAAUCUAAUGUCUCUUGCACUUGCAAAAGAUUUGGGAUUCAAGGAAUUCAAGAGCCCCAAGAUAAGAGUCGAGUUCGCGGAUCUAUCGUGCAUGGAACCCUAUGGAAUGCUUGAAGAUGUCAUGAUGGAAAUAGGAGGUCGAUCGGUCCCAACUGACUUUCAAGUCAUGAUUUGGGAAGGCUCAAAGAGGAAUCAACUGAUUCUUGGAACCCCAUUCCUUGCUACAGCUGGAGCGGUCCUAAACUACUUUGGGAAUCAUCUAUCUUUUGGCCACAUCCGGCAAGAUAUCUUUUUCCCAAGUGUAAAUUUCAGGUCAGUGCCAAGUGCGACCAAGCUACCACCAGAAGAAGCCACUCUCACGCCUAAGAAAGAAGCUAUGCUGCAUGGAGAAAGAAGAGAGAGUGAGCGCUACCCAAAACCAAAGGAGAAGAAGAAAACAUUGGAGCCGAGGCAUGAAAAUGUCUUUAAGGAAAUCAACUCCAUCUCACUUCCAACCUUUGACGAGUAUGGAGCUGAAGAGGAGACUAAUGGUGCACCUAAUCUCUUUCACAAGAUAAGAAUCUUUACACCAAAAGAUUCGGAGCUUAAAGGUGACCAAUCCAUUGAAGAGAAGCUUGAGAGAACUAUGAAGCUUUUCCCCAAGGCAUUGGUUUUCAAAGAUGAUGUGAGAGAUGACUAUGGCGCGACAACACCACCACAAGAAUCCACUACACCGGAGAAUGGAGAAGCUAAAGGGAUCCUUUGCCCUUCAGCCACUCUUCACCACGAUUGA